UAUUUAUGAAUCAGUGUCGAGUUGUCAGGCCAUAAAAUGUUAUUCUGACAGCCGCUAAUCCUUUUUGGGUAGCAACCUAACGCUGAACUGCUGCUGGGUCAGGUACGGAUGGGGUGGAUUAGUGCUUGAUUUAUUAUGGUUAUGCCCAGCGCGCGGAAAAUACGCAAAAUUCGCGUGCGCCGCGGCUUGCAAUUCAGGGUAAAUAUCGCAGUUUUUUGCCCUACAUUUCCUGGAAUGUGUGCAGCAAAGCAAGUCAAGUUUCCUGCAAGUAUCUGUGUGUGUGUCGCAAAGCUAGGCAACUUUUUAGGCCAACCGCAUUGACAAACUACCUGAAACAAGCAAACAGCUGCUGCUGUGGCAGGUAGCCACGACUCGUGGCAAAGUGUGUGGCAUAUAUAAGUGUGCAACGCUGUCAAGUGCGGCACAUUCAGUUCGCAACACGUCACACGCAAUGAGCAUCAGCACGUUCAACUUUCAGUUCUACAAUUACAAGCUGCCCGCCGAGCUGCCGCAGCUCAAAACAGCGUCCAGUUUCAGCGAACUGGAAAUGGACAUCGAUGACGAGCAGCAGCAGAUGCCAACGAUUACGUCCACUCCACUGCCAGCGGCCAAGCAGCCUCCCGCUACGCCCCGCUACACUAGUGAGAUGGCCCUAACCCUCAACUCGUCAGAGGUGAACAACAAAUCGCAGUCGUUGCAGACGCUGCGUCCGCAGCUGCAUCGAUCUCAGAAGCGCUGGUCCAUGGAACUGCGCGAGAAGGUGCUGGAAAUGUCCAAGCGCAACAAUGGCUCCAAUGAGGAGAUGCAGCAGCGUUUUACGCAGCAGCUGGCAGAGGAUUGCAAUGCCACAUUUUGUUGCACCCAGGAGCAGCCCGCUGCUGUUGAGGUAACGCGCAGCGUCAGCGACAAAAUCAACUUCUUCAAUAAGCUAACCAAUACCUAUGAAUCCGCCCGCAACCAAAACACAAACAACAAUCGCUUCAUUUCGCUGCUGCGCUCUAGCCGGCCACAGGGCAUGGCCACCAUGGGUGGCAGCAAUGGGCCAGUGCCGCCGCCAAAGCCCAAGCGUUUAAGCAACACACCCAGCCCCACGCCCUGCAACAUUGCAGCGCAACAUCAGUUUGCCACGCCCACUGCCAAACCGCCCACAGCAGCCAGCAAUAGCCAAGCGCAGCGCAAGAGCUCGCUGCGCCGCAAACCCUCCAUGGAGAAAUCCCGUGCCACAAUCGCUCGACAGAAUUCGAAUGUAACUCUGCGACCACAGCGCCAUGCCAUGAUGGAGGACCUAAGUCUGGUGGUGCCUGUGCGGUUACGCAUUGCCGAAUACGAGCAGCGCAUCUCGAUGAGUGCAUAAGGAAUGCAAUUGACGCCACGCCCACAUCCCCAGCCACAGCCCACAGCCAUGCGGUCGAUGGUUUAAUCUAGUGCAAGCUCC